UAUUGCCACAUAGGAUUGCCUUGACCUUUGAAACUCAGCAGCAACCGAAACAAAGUGAGAAUUGACUUGCUAGAUUAUGUAUGGAUGGCUCAAAUAUUAAUUGUGGUAUAUGCGUACUCUCUAGCCCAGUUUGGAAAGACAAUCCGUGUCGGUUGACUGCUACAUAAUUUUUAGGUUACCUACUGUUGAUUAUUGUAACGACUUAAGUAGGCUAUACAAAGGGGACGAACUCAUUUUAAUCCUCAGAGAACGGGGAAAUGCUGUCUUUUUUCACUUCUUUAAUUCCGUCUCUACCGAGUUGGUUACUGUUUGAAACAAGUCCUGUCGAUAGUUUUAUGCAAGGAAUUGUUGGAGCAUGUGGGAUCUCAGUGCUUUGCAGUCUACUGAGAAUUCACGUAUUCAUUGAGUCAGAGAGAAAUGAAAAUGACAAAGGUAAUGAAGGGAAAUCAAAACCAAGGGCAGGCCACCUCAAGUGGCUGUUUGGAGCAUUCCAGUUUUGGUUCCUCACAGGGAUCCUUGCUAUUGUGGGGUCACAAGUUGCAUCACUGGUUGUUCUUGAAUUCAUACUGAGAGUGAUUUCAGCACGAGUCACUGCUGGACCAGAUUCCCACACUGGGUAUACAGAGAGGUUACUUGUUCAGUGUCAAUUCUCUGUGGGAUGUGCACUAAGCUGCAGUCUUCAUUUUCUCCACAAGGAGGCACCCCAUCGCUGGUUGAGUCUUCUGCUUGCCACAGCACUGAGUUGGUUCUUGGCCAGUCAGUGUUCAAGACUAUAUCAACAUGUGAAGACACUAUUCCAUUUGCACAGUUCACAGCGCUACUGUGGUAUCUGUAUUGGACUAUUAACCUCAGGAUCUUCCAUCCUAACCUUUUUAUGCUGUCUUCUUAUUCUCACGUUCACUGUGGCUGCAAUUGCUGCUUUAAUUUCCAUCAAUCAGCAGUUUUUGUCAGCCAAAGAGGCUAUUCGGUUCUGGACACCCUUAACAAUCUGCUAUACACUGCUUGUGGUGUCUACACAAGAACAACAACGGCAACCCACUAGCCAGACAGCUUUUCACACAGUGGUGGUACGACUCGGAGGCCUAUUUCUGCUGAUGCUGACAGUGGGCCAAUGGGCAGAUAUGUUCCAUGUCCUCGUGUGUUUCCUGGGAGAAGCAGCUUGUUUAAUUCCUACUGAAGACCUACUGAAUGCCAGAGAAAAUGGUACAGCAAAAGUUCACAGUAACCAGGAUUUGAAAGGAUACAACAGAAGACAUUUAAACAAAAAUGAAAGUAAUUAACACUAUAGCUGACUGCCUUUCUGUACUUAUUUUCUAAUUUCUUGUUAUAAUUUAUACUUUUGUUAUCGUUAUGUAUUGUUACUUUACGUAUAUGUGGGACUUGCAAGUAAAGAAUAAUAAAUGAAGGCUAAAUAUCAUGUUAUUGGCAGUAGUCUGCAAUGUACUGUAUGGUAAAGAAAAGGCCUACUAACAUUUUUCAGUGUUUGAGACACAAAAGCCCCUGAUAACUUUAAUGAUUUCACAUGGAUCAUGAUGCCCACAUCAUGUGAUGCCAAAUGAGCCUAUAUCAAAUGUUACUGGGCCUAAUAACUCAUUUAUAAUAAUUACACUCAUGUUGUUGAUAACGUGUUGUACCAGACCAGACCAGUCCGAUUUAAGGUACAAAAAUACUCUGCUAUUGCUAGUCCAGCUGAUAUGCUACUUAAAGUGGUGAACCAUUUGAUUAAAUCAAGUGAUCCUGAACACAUACCAUCUAAAACUUGCAGACCACCACAAUGUGACUGCUCGCCAUAACAUUUAUUUUUAGUUUUGCCUGACAUUCUUUGUAAGAAUUAAUCGUCAGACCUCAAGUAUUUCAACUGAGGCAACAGAUUGAAAUGACCUUUAAAACUACACAUUAAAAGUUAGUGCCUUUCAAGAUUGUGUGAAUACUCUAAAGUUACAACAGUGGGUUAUGAUGACAGACAAUGACAGCUAGCCAAACAGGCAAACUGCACAUCAAGUAGUCCUAAAUGAUAAAAAAAAAAAAAAGACUUUCCAUUCAGAAACUGCAUCUGUCAUCCACUGUUUUAGGCGUCUGACAGAGAAGAACUGCUCCAAAAUAUGUCAAAACACCUGGCUUGUCUGAUUCUUUGAGGUUUCGAUUGUUACACACUUUCUUCCAACACUGCUUUCCCCAAUGGCUCCUAGAUCUAGGCCUUUUAAUUGUUCACAUCUAUGAACUAAAAAACAAUUAGGAUGCUAAAAAAUCUGUUUCUAAUGCUAACUUGCUCAUGCAAAUAAUUAGCCAUAGCGACUCAUGAUGCGAUCUGGGAAAACCCUUCACAUUAUGCAAUUUUACCAACUUAAGAUUUUGGAUCCAGGAUUUUGCUAUAGGGGACAGUGUCCAGAAUGUGGAUGGUGUCAGAAUCUUAAGUUGGUGAAAUUUACCAGAGAGGGUUGAAACCAAAAAAAAACAAAGAUUUUUGAGUGCACCAUGUGAAGGGUUUUCCUAGAUUGCAUCACAUUUUAGUACCAUUAUGGCAAACAUAAAAUUUGAUGUCUGAGAAUGUUUAGCUUGCAUACAGCUCUGGAAAUAAUGAAGAGACCACUGCAAAAUUCAGUUUCUCUGAUUACUAUUUGUGUUUGAAUAAAAGGUUCAGUUUUGUUUUUUUCUGUCAACUACUGACAACAUUUCUCCCAAAUCCCAAAUAAAAAAUAUUGUCAUUUAGA